AUGACGGAGGAAAAGAAAGGCUUAGCGAAGCAUUGGGGCUCAAAAAGAGUCGGCCGGCGCCCGCUGCCAAACAGAACCUCAAGUACUCAACCCCUUUUUGACAUGGGUCAGUCCCUGCUGCGAAACCCAGGCGCGUUACAAAAUUGCAUCAAGAUCCCCACCGCCACCAUUAUGCCCGACUGCCCUGACGCCGGCUCGAAGCCUUUCCAUGUCCACAAUCCCACUUGGCCUGACGGUUGA